AUGGAUACUUCUGUAAAAGCCGAUGAGGCACAAAACUCUUCUUUGCCACGGGAUGGCGAUAAUAAACUAAAAUUAUUUGAAAAAAUUGUCUAUUUUGCUAGUGGUUCGAUUGGUGACGAGGCAUUAUUGGCGCUCAAAAACAGCAAUGCCGAAUCAACAUGUUUACUGUCUGAUUCUGUUACACAUUGUAUUGUUGGAAAAAAUUAUGUAGAAGCUGAUGUCAGUGCUGCAAGAGAAUUAUAUGAUGUUACUACUGUAACUCCAGAAUGGAUCCGUAUGUCAGUUUUAUGCAACAAACUACUGCCAACAAAACCAUUUAAUCUAUUUGAAGAUAAUCUAUUUAAUGGAUUAACUGUAUGUGCAUCUCAACAGACAGUAAAUGAUUGUAAAAUCCUAUGGGCUCUAGUUACCUAUAACGGUGGCACUUUCCAACUAACAUUGAAUCUUAAAAAAACUACUCAUCUGGUGGUUACCAAACCAUUUGGGAAAAAAUAUGAUGCAGUUUUAUCAAGUGGUUCAGAUAAGAUCAAAAUUGUAACACCUGAUUGGAUUAUUGAUUGCUUGAAAAACAAAGAAUUAUGUCCUGAAACUAAUUAUCAUCCUAGGCUUCUUGUUAUGCCUAAAUUACUACCUACAAAUCAAUCUUUUAAAUUACAAACUAGUGGUUUGUCAACAAUUACUGGAUUUGCUGAUUUUGAUGCACCCAUUGAACAACCUGGAGGUGUUAUUCCCAAAAAUCAAGGUUUAGAACAGUUAAAACAACGUUUACCAUGGAAUCAACCUCCUACACCACCAACAUCUCAACCUGUUCAUACCCAAUCGUCUCAAGUAGCUCAAGGAACAGCUCAAUCAAAUACUACUCAAUUAAAACCAAUGAUGUCAUUAAUGUCUACCCCACAACUUCAACGACUAUCACAACAACAAGUUCAACAAUUACAGUUGCAACAGCAAACACAUGCUAAUAAUCAGCUUUUAUCCCAGCAACAAAUACAUAUGCCCCAACAACAAAAUCAAUUCCAACAAAUUCGCACUCAACAAAUGCAACAUUCAAAACAAAUUCAAUUACAACAUGGACAACAGUUGCAAUAUCAAUCUAAUCAACAACAAAUGCAACAAACCCAUAUGCAAUUGCAACAACAGGGUCAACAAACUCAUCUUCAAAUUAUGCAAAAAGGUCAACAACAAACUCUUCAACAAAAUCAACAACACAUUCAAAUGCAACAAAAAGUUCAACAAUUGCAGUCUAUUCCUGGUCAACAACUUCAAAAUCAACAGCAACAAGUCGUAUUGCAACAGCAAAAUGUUCAAAUUCAGUCAGGCCAACAACAACAACAACAAAACGUCCAGCAACUUCAAUCUGGCCAACAAUCUAAUCAAAUACCACUAUUACAGCAACAAACAGUACAAAUUCAACAUAAUCAAGUACCUCAGUUACAGCCACAAUCUGUUCAAAUUCAGCAGGGUCAGUCACAACAGCAACAAGUUCAAAUACCUCAAUUACAACAACAAACUGUUCAACUUCAACAAGGUCAACAACAGGGUCAACUAACUCAGUUACAGAAACAAACUGUUCAAUUACAACAAAAUUCACAGCAUUCUAACCAGUUGCAACAGGGACAACAAAUCCAGCAAAUUCAGUCACAACAGAUACAAUUUCAAACAAGUAAUGGUCAGCAAGUACAAUUUCCUCAACAAGUUACUCAAAAUGCACAAGUUCAUUUACAACAACAACAACCUCAAAUACAAAAUGUACAGUCUACACAACCUUCUCAGAUUUGUAUUGUUUCAAAUGGACAACAGCUUCAACAGGCUCAAUCUAAUCCACCAAAUCAGCAGCAACAACUCCUACUUCAACAACAGCAGAGAUUGAUGUUCCAACAACGCAUUGUACAACAAGGUGGUGGGACGGUUUCAACUCAAUGGCGUAUGGCUCAUCCACCAUCUAAUAUGCCACGUGUUCAAGUUAACCAGCAACAAACCCAACAAAUUCAACAACAACAAACCUUAGUUAUAGGACAACAACCAACAGUAAACAUGAAUAAUGCAAAUACACAACCAACUACUCAAACUCAGUGGCCCCCACAGCAAACUUUAACCAUUCAAAGAACUAUUCAACAGCCGAUGGAUCAGAGACAAGUAAUAUGGUCACAACAGUCUCCGCAUGGGCCACAACAGAUGAUUCAUAUGGAUGCAAAAACACAUCAACAAAUACAGGCCAUGAAUCCUGCCGAACGAUUAGCAUUUAUUAAUAAAUUAACAAAACAAAGGAACCUUGUCUUACAACAAUUUAAUGCUCGCCAACAGCAAGCCGCAGGUGUAGCUGGAGGUACAAAUAUUGUUAGACCAUCAACAACGCCCAAUGGUCAAACCACUGUGAUACGUACUCUCAAUCAUCAACUAAUAUCGUCUACUGGUAUGACACCAGCUCAACAAGCACAGUGGAAUCAAAUACGCCAACAACAACUGUUGGCUCAACAACAGCAGCAGCAACAACAACAAAUGGCUGGUGGAACAGUCACUACUGGAUUACAAACCAAUGCAAAAACUGUAAGCAAUACAUUGGUGAACAAUCAGCAAGUUGCUCAACCACAAACUACAGUUUGGCAACAGUCACCAGUUACUGAACAAGGACAUCAACAAACUUCCGGAUCUAUGUCUGCUGCUCAAUUGGCGCAAAUACAUCAAAGACAACAACAACUCCAACAGUUGAGACUACAACAACUGCAAAUGGAUGCUUCACAAAAACAACAAACGAUGCAACAACAGGUUGUCCCUAAUCAAGCACAAAUUACUGCAGCAAUGCAGCCAAAUGUUGUACCAUCACCUCAAGUUGCUACAGCCCCAACUUCAGUUGUUCAGCCACAACAGACACCAACAUUACCUACAAAUGAGCCAACUGAAACCCAAAUACCGAGUCAAGAACCAUUUACACAAACAUCUCAAUCAAAUCAACAAGCGUUGGUUGUAAAUCCUAAGACCAAAACUGCGCUUGCUAAUAUGUUAAGUAUACGUUUACAAAAUGGCAUAUCAUCAUCCACUUCAACACAGCAACAGCAAAUAUCAGGACAAGAGAUUAGUGCCGCAGGGCAAUUAAGAUUGAUGACUGCUCAACAUCAUGCUGCACAACAGCAAGGCAAUACUCAAGGCACAUAUCAGUCUCGAACAGUUUUAAAUAAUGUCACCAACAAUACUGCAACAAAUCGUGCUGCUCAAGUAGUAGGUCGUACAGCAGUCCAAACUGCAGUCGCUAAUAAAACAUUACCUGCAAACUACAAUCAAUCAGCUGCUGUAAGAGUUGCAGCAGUCUUAGCAAAAAGUGCUGCCGGACAAACUGUUGGUCAUCAACAACUUCCUCAUCAAGCUAGAUUUUUUGGACACAACCCAAAUCUCAAAUUACCACCCGAUAAGUGUUUGCUUGGUUGUAUAUUUCUGAUUGUUGAAUAUGAUCGAAGUCCAGAUACCAUAAAAGAAGUACCUACCUGGAAACAAAUCAUCCUGGACCACGGUGGAGAAAUUGAACCAUCUUAUACCUUACGUCUUACGCAUAUUCUUUGUCAAACUCAAAAGCAUCCACUCGUUCAACAGGGUUUACGUGAUGGAAAAAGAUGUAUUACAGCUUACUGGCUUAGUGAUAUAAUAACCAAACAACAACUUAUGCCUCCAUGGUAUGCUCUUCAUUUUCCUACUCCAUACAGUGAGGAGAGACCAUGCCGACAGAUGUUGAUAUCACUAACAAAUUUUGAAAAUGAUGAACGCAAUCGUGUUAAAUUCAUGAUAGAAUUAACCGGUGCUCGUGUUACAUCUUACUUUUCUGCUGAUAACAAUAUUUUGGUUACAAGAAAAUUAGAAGGUAAAAAAGUUAAAAAAGCUAGAGAUAUUAAUCGACCUGUGGUAAAUGUGCAAUGGUUAAAUGAAAUCCUUUUUGGCCAUCUAUCGUGUAUGUAUCAACCAGAAAAUGUCAAGUAUCAACAGUUCAAUCUUAACAAUCCAUUCAGAGUUGAUUACAAUCUGGUACUUCACUUAAUGGCGGCAUGGAAAAUUCCAAUUAACGUAACCCAAGAAUCGUAUGACAGAGUACGUAAUAAUCCCGUUCCCGUUAAAAGAAAACGGCCUAGACCAAAUGCUAAUUUCCCAGACCAAGAAAAUAAUGACUUAAGUACAGCUGAUAUAAUCAUUACAAAUAUCAACCCACCACCAAUAGAAUAUCGACCAUGUGUCAUGCUUUCUGGAUUUGGCUUGGGAAAAGAAGAACAACGGAUGGUCUUACAACUUGGUGGCACGAUUGCUAAAAAUUAUUCAGAUGCUACUCAUUUAGUUAUGAAAGAAUCUGUUAGAACUACAAAAUUUUUAUGUUGUGUUUCAACCGUUAAACACAUUGUGAACGGGGAAUGGCUUAAAGAUUCUUCUACCCAACAUAUGUUUUUAGGUGAAGCAAUUUACACUAUUGAAGAAGUUUCUGUUGAUCAGAAAGUCAUUUGUAAAGUACAUAAAAUACUAUCAAAUCCUAAUCGACACGAGUUGUUCAAAGGAAAGAUAUUUUAUGUGACUCCAGGAGUUACUCAUCCAUCAGUGUUUGUUGUUCGGCAAAUAAUAGAAUCAGCCGGUGGUACUGUUGAAAAACAAAGAAGAUCACUGAGAGCUAUACAAGAACUUGAACCUAACACAUAUAUCGUGAUCGCAUCUAAUAAUGAUCUUCAUUUGGUUGCUGAUCUUAUUCGGUCAUCUUACGGUAUCUACUCUUCCGAGUUUGUACUAUCUGCAGUUAUGACACAAUAUGUCAAUUAUGACAUGGCUUAUAAAAAAGCAAAAAAAAUAACGAAUUAAUUACAGGUAAUAAUAACACUGUGUGUAUAUAUAUAUAUAUAUAUAUAUAGAGAGCAU